AUGGAAGACUCCAUGGAAGACUCAGAGGAAGAGGAGGAAGAUAUAACAAUGGAAGGUGAAGUAGAUGACUCCAUUACUUUGAGCAAGUUUCAAGAGGGGAUCCGGAAGGAAACCCCAGUUUGGAAGGGCAGUCACAUGAUACUCAAAUUCCAGAAAAAAGGAAGGAUUGAAAGAGAAAGGGAAGGUUGGCAUCGAAUGCGGGUUUCUUUGGUUCUAAUUUCUCUUGGUACAGUGUCCAUCAGGGAUGGGCAAGAAGAUGGGCCCUACUUGAAAGGUGCCUGGCAUCACAAUUUUAUCUCCAAUCUCAUGGAUGCUGAAGGUAACAAUUUUACUGAGAGGAACCAGAUAAAGAAUUCAUAUCCAAUUGACAUGAAGUGGAAGGUGGAAAUGGAGGCGAGAGCUUUAAAUAGAGCAUUAGAGAAGAUCAAAGGAGGUGCUUGUCUAUUUGAUGGAGGAGGUGGAUAUAGCGUGGGAGGUUUUAUGGGUGUCCUUGGUGGUGUUCUAGGUCCCAUCAUAGAAGGAGGUGCUGGUCUGUUUGAUAGCGGAGGAGGUAUUAUGGGUGUCGGAGGUGGUGGCGGCGUUAAAGGUGGUAGAGGAGGUGGAGGCCACGGUGAGGUUGGUGAAGAAGAAGAUGGCGGUGAUUUUACAUUAGCCUUUGCUAAUGUGCACCUUGUAUGA